AUAAAAUGCUCCGUGCAAAGCGACUGUUUAUAAAGGUGAUCAUGUCAGCUUCGAUCGUCCCUUCUCAUACGCAUCUCUCCAUCUUCCUUAAUAAUACCCCAAUCCCGCCUCUCUUUAAUUCCCAAUCUCUUCCCCCGUCUCUGCAAUUCCCUCUGUAUCGACGUUUUGAUCGACGGCAUGCGUCUCUGACCGGUCACCUUCUCCGCAUUCCAGUGAACUGGCUCCGUUAAUCCCCCCCCCCCCACUUUGAUCCAUUGCCUCUGAAUUUUCGGAGCACUCUGCAACAGCGAAACAUUUCCGUUCCCUUUCCCACUUCCAGAUCCGUUAGCUGUUCGGUUCUGAUGAGGAAAUUCGGGAGGAGAAGCAUUGAUGGAUUAGGGGCAUCCCGUGACUAACUUUCUUGGCGUUUAUGUUACUACUUCUCUCAUUCAGAAUCCAAUCACGAGCUACUUCUGAACUCGUUCCUCAGCUCCACAACUUAGGGUUAGGGUUUGUUGCGUUUCAGAAAUGUUUAAGAAAAUCAUGAAGGGGGGCAAGAAGCCCUCCAAGUCCGACCCUAACGAGUCACUGCUUUAUGGCUCCGGUCCUACAGGGAACCGCAAUUCGGCCCCGGCCCCCGCCAAUGUGGUCGUUAACCAUGCCUCUCGGACUGGGGCAGCUGCAUCGGGCCCCAAUUCUAUGGCUGGUGCUCCGCCUUCAGGUACUAUCGAUCCCCUUCCGAUGUUCCGGGAUGUGCCCGUUUCGGAAAGACAGAACUUGUUCCUUCGGAAGUUGAAGGUUUGUUGUUACGUUUUUGAUUUUACGGACACCUUGAAGUCCGCUCGCGAGAAAGAAAUCAAGCGGCAGUCACUAAUGGAUUUGGUUGACUUCAUACAAUCCGGGUCGGGUAAAAUUACAGAGGCUUGUCAGGAGGAAAUGAUAAGAAUGAUAUCAUUAAAUAUAUUCCGAUGCUUGCCUCCAGCAUCCCACGAAAAUACAGGACAAGAGGUUACUGAUCCGGAAGAAGAAGAACCUUGUUGGGAGCCAGCAUGGCCUCAUUUGCAGCUUGCGUAUGAGUUGCUUCUGAGAUACGUGGUGUCAUCCGAUACGGAUACUAAGGUUGCCAAGCGGUAUAUUGAUCAUUCGUUUGUGUUGAAAUUACUUGAUUUAUUUGACUCCGAGGACCCUCGUGAGCGAGAAUUUUUGAAAACCAUUCUCCAUCGCAUAUAUGGUAAAUUCAUGGUUCACCGGCCAUUUGUUAGGAAGGCAAUUAACAACAUUUUUUAUCGUUUUAUAUAUGAAACCGAGAGGCAUAGUGGUAUUGGCGAGCUUCUGGAGAUACUGGGGAGUAUAAUCAAUGGAUUUGCACUGCCCAUGAAAGAGGAACACAAGUUGUUUCUGGUGCGGGCGCUAAUACCAUUACAUAAACCAAAACCGGUUGCCGUAUAUCACCAGCAGUUGUCGUACUGCAUCACUCAGUUUGUUGAAAAGGACUUCAAGCUGGCUGAUACAGUCAUUAGGGGCUUGUUGAAGUACUGGCCUGUAACCAACUGCCAGAAGGAAGUGCUCUUCCUGGGGGAACUGGAGGAAGUUCUGGAGGCCACGCAAGCUGCUGAAUUCCAACGGUGCAUGGUUCCCCUGUUUAGAAGGAUUGCACGAUGCCUCAAUAGUUCUCAUUUUCAGGUUGCAGAACGAGCCCUCAUCUUGUGGAACAAUGAGCACAUUGUAAGCUUAAUUGCUCAAAGUCGGAGUGUGAUAUUACCAAUAAUAUUUGAAGCGUUGGAGAAAAAUAUCCAGAGUCACUGGAACCAGGCAGUUCAUGGGCUGACUGUCAAUGUUCGGAAGAUGUUUAUGGAAAUGGAUGAUGAAUUAUAUGAAGAGUGCAGGAGGCAGUAUGCAGAGAAAGAGGCCAGAGCCGAAGAGUUGGAAGAGCAGCGACUAUUGAAUUGGAAGAGACUCGCAGAUGUUGCUGUUGAGAGAGGGGGUGAUGCCAUGAUCAUAGAUUAGCCUCAUUGCCUUCGCAUUUCGAAGGAUGAUUGAUGGAUUAUGGAUUUGCUUCCCCUAAUAUUGGUGCCAUUUUUUUUUCUGGGUU